CUUCUCGCUAAAGGAGCUGUUUUCCCCCUAAAAAAUGUGGUUGAGUGAUGCCUUGUGAGGUUCUUGAGAACCGGUAAAAGUCCCAAAUGUAAAGAGUGCGUGGUGCCUUCGUAAAAGCUGGGAGAGGGAUCAGGAAAAAUGAUGGAUUGUGAAAACAAAGGAAAUGGACCCUCUGGAAUCACAACUUUUCAGCAAAUUGUCUCUUCCUGUUGUGGUGCUGUUCUAACAUCCAUUUUGGUGACACCUCUAGAUGUUGUCAAAGUUCGACUACAGGCCCAAAGCAAUCCAUCCCUGAAAGGAAAGUCUUUUUUGGAUUCUGAUGGCUUGACUGAUCACAUUUACCUUUAUGAAAAUGGAACUGGCAAGACCUGGCAUAAGACACCUGGUCGUUUUACUGGCAUGUUGGAUGCUUUUGCAAAAAUUGUUCAAAGAGAGGGCGUGAAAGCAUUGUGGAGUGGGUUGCCGCCCUCACUAGCGGUUUCAGUUCCAACCACAGUAAUUUAUUUUACUUGCUAUGAUCAACUACGUGAUGCCCUCGUUUAUAAAUUAGGAGAUAAUGACUUCAUUCCACUUAUUGCAGGUGGCAUAGCCAGAUUAUGGUCUGCUACUGUAAUAAGUCCAAUUGAAAUGAUUAGAACAAGAAUGCAGUCUGGACGAUUGACUUACACACAACUGCUUGCUCGCAUCAGUACAGGUGUCACCCAGAAUGGCUGGCUUUCACUCUGGAAAGGAUGGGGUCCUACUAUCCUUAGAGAUGUGCCAUUCUCAGCACUCUAUUGGUACAAUUAUGAAUAUUUCAAGAUGAACUUAUGCAAGAAAUCAAGUUCGCAUGAGCCAACAUUUUUUAUCAUCUUCUCAUCAGGAGCAGCAGCUGGUUGUAUUGCAGCUACAUUAACUUUGCCAUUUGAUGUAAUAAAAACACAUCGACAGACUGAGCUUUGGGAACUUGAUAUUACACAUUCUCCACAGAAGAAAACUGGAUCAAUAUGGGAAGUAAUGAAGAGAAUUGUGAUUGAAAAUGGAUUUACUGGAUUAUUUACUGGUAUUAUUCCACGAUUGACAAAAAUUGCUCCUGCUUGUGCCAUAAUGAUCAGCACAUAUGAAUAUGGGAAAAUUUUCUUCCGUAGAUUAAAUAAAGACAACAAUAUGAAGAACUAUUAAUGUUGUUUCUAUAAAAUUGAAAUGAUGUCAGUACUCAGUAGACAUAAAGGUCCACAUAAGUUGUAUUUUAUUAGUUUCUACACCCAUUGCAUAUGCAUCCAUGCCUCCACCAACAUUAUGUUCAGAAUUAUUCCCUAUAUGUUUGAUAUCAAAAAAAACUCGAUCAUGCUUCAGACAUAAAAUACAGUUAAUGUUUCAUAAAUAUAUGGGAGAGAAAAAGACUGAAAUCAGCAUAUGUUCCUGCAAAAGGAAGUUAAUACAUAAACUUUAAAAGCAAUUUUCAGAUACAUAGUGGAACCUCAGUAUUUGACUGCUCUGAAAGUUGUAGAAUUUGGUACUUGACAUAUUUUAUACAAACAUUUUGUCCUGAUACUCAUCAUUUGAUACUCGAUGCACAAACUAAAACUUGUCGGUAUUGGCUGCUUCAUGACUCACUGUCUUUUCCAGCCAAAACAAAGGGUUACACAUUAACUCUGGCCCUAUGCACAUCCUCUUGCAGUCUUCGCUUCUGUGGUCAUUUUCUGUAUUUUUCUGCUUCUGAUCAUGGGUCCUAAGAAAAUGAGCAGUGAUAGCACUGAGCAGAAAAGAAAAUUGCACCACAUUGAGCAAAAAAAAAAAGGAGAAGAAAUAACAGGCAAAUAUGAAAGUGGUAUUCACAUUACUGAUCUUGCUAGGGAAUACAAUAUGCCUAGAACAAUAUCAUUAAGAAACCAUUAAAAAAGAGUUAAAGCAAUAACAAAGUAGUGUUCCCAAACACUUGAAGUUCAAAAGUUGUUAAUUUGGGUAAACAAGAAGCAAUUAGUGGGUGACAUUGUGUCAGAAGACAUGAUACAUGAAAAAGCAAAAUUUGCAUGAUGCUCUUUUGAAAAACCGGCACCAAGUGGUCAGAAUGUUGAAGUUUUUAAGGCCAGCCACAGUUGGUCUGAUAAUUUUGAAAAGAGUGUUGUGAGGCAUAGCAAGGCAGUGAGUACUAAUAAGGCUACUGAUGAAUCCAUAUCUGAGAAUUUCAUGAUUAUGUAGAGGCUGAUGGUUUUAUUCCCUAUCAGUUUGUUAACUGAUGAGACUGAACUUUUUGGGAAAAAAAUGCUGAAAAGAACCUACAUCACAAAAGAGGAGAAGGCAUUACCAGGUCACAAACCAGUAAAGACAUGCUAUUGUUGUGUGGGAAUGUUAGUGGGGACUUAAAAAUCAAGCCUCUACUAGUCUAUCAUAGUGAAAACGCGCAAAUUUUCAAGCAGCAUAAUGUCAUAAAAAGAGAACUCCAUGUAAUGUGGAGGCCAAACAGCAAAAUUUGGGUCAUGAGACAAUUUUUCACCAAGCGGAUAAAUGAAGUGUUUGGUCCCUCAGUGAAAAAAUAUUUGCUGGAGAAUGAUUUGUCUCUGAAAGCUCUCCUACUAAUGAACAAUGCACACGCCCACCCUCCAGGCUUGAAGGUUGACUUACGGAAGGAUUUCUGUAAGGUUCCUGCCCCUCAGUACUAUUCUCACCCAGCCCAUGAACAAGCAGAUCAUUUCAAAUUUCAAAAAGUACUCCAAGAUGCUUUUCCAGAGAUGUUUUGAAAUAAUCUCUGACACCCAGUUGAUCCUCACAGAAUUCUGAAAGAAAUAUUUCAAUAUCCUGCACUCCCUUAACUUUACUAAUAAGGCUUGGAAUGAAGUCUCUUAUAGGACAAUGAAUUCAGCAUGGAAGAAUUUGUGACCAAAAACUGUCAGAGAGGGUGUGAGGCCGACCCUAAGCCUGCAGGUACAUAGGGUACAAUUGUGCAGGUUAUGUAUCUUUGGGCCAAUCCAGGGAACUAGAGAUCAAUGCUGCUGAAAUUGAGUUAGUGGAAGAAUAUGAAGAACUUAGCACUAAAGAGAUGCAGGAAUUACAGAAGUAGCAGCAAUAAGAGGUGGCUAAAAGAUUUAUUCAGGUGAGGAGAUAAGGAAAGAUGUUACCAGUUCCUUGAUAAAAGAAAUGCAUGAAAAAUGCACAAAGUUCAAAACUUUGUGGAGAAAUAUCAUCUGGACAAAACUUUGACAAGCAAUUUAUUCAAUGACCAAACAAUUUCACACCUACAAGGAAUUCUGAAAAGAAAACAAGCAAUCCUCACUGGAUAAG